CAUUACACCACGCUUUAACAACGACCAAGAUACUCAAGCUUGCCUAUAGAGUCAGCGACGACCAAACGCACUGCAAAGCACUCGAGCAGCUCUUGAUCCGCCCAACAUUUCUGAACGCAACGAUCCGAAGGCGGAUAUCUAUGAGCUGUUCCAUGCUUGGCUUGAAGAUCAACGGAACGGCAACUGGCUAAUUCUGAUCACAACACGAUAAGAAGAUAUGGCAGAGAGAUUGGUAGACGACGCCGACAUCCUCAUGAUUGAGCCUAUGGGUCAACAGAGCGCGCUGAACCUACUACAUAACAAACUCGGACCCCAGAGUGAUUACGAAAUUGCAAAAUUGCUUGUGACUGUACUCGAGUUCAUGCCUCUCGCCAUCUCCCGGGCAGCCGCAUACAUGAAACAACGAGGACCGAAAUUUUCAAUUGAACGGUAUCUGGACUUUUUUAAGAGAAGCGAAAAGUCACAGAGAAAUCUUCUCAGGUUCGAUCCACGGGAAUACCGUCGCGACAAGGACGCGAUGAAUUCCGCUGUCCAGUACUAGGUACGCUUUCCAGUAUGAAUACGCUUGCAUGCAUAUAUUGUGAUCAACAACGGUGGAGGGAGGCAGAAGAUCUGUUUUCCUCAGUCAUAGAAGCGCGAAAGAUCGUGCUCGGCGAAGAACAUCCGGAUACGCUAUUUAGUAUGCAGAUCCUUGCAACGAGAUAUAUAAAUCAGGAACGGUGGAACAAGGCGGGAGAUCUGUUGUCCUCAGUCAUAAAAGCGCAGAAAAGCGUGCAUGGCGAAGAACAUCCAAGGACUUUGGAUAGCGUGAGUGACCUUGCGGGUCAUUUACAGUGAUCACGAGCGUUGGCGGGAGUCAGGAAAU